AUGAAGGACCCGUUUGAUAUUUUCUAUCCAAGUUCGAAUUCUCUCAGCAAGAUCCCCUCUCCCUUCGAUGGCCUCCCCUCCAGCGCUGCUAUGCAUGGAGGAAUCAACAUUGGAGAUAAGAUCGUGUCCAUCGACGACCAGAGUGUCGUGGGCAUGUCACUUCCAGAGGUCGGGGCCCUUGUGAGUGGCCCGGAAGGCUCGUUUGUCACCCUUGGGCUCGUUCGAACCACCUCAGUGCUGUUUGGUCCUGACAGAGAAGAGACUCUUCAAGUGAGGAUCCGACGAGGAGCUAUGAGCUUGUCGGCAAGGCAAGGACAUGGAGAACCUUCCAGGGCGAUCGAUCUCCGGCGAUCUGCUGAGAUUGAUGCUGAUGUCAUGUGGGAGAACCCGUCUCAGGAUCAGGGACGACUUUACAACAACGAGCUUGAUUUGAUAGUACCAGAACUUAGAAACAUCAAAGCUAUCCUGAGCAACAAGCAAACCUCAAAUGAAACGAGCAAUUAUGUGCAGAGUGGCAAUACAGAGUGUGCCAAUCUUCUCAGAUCAAUCUUGAACAAGGUUUCGGCCCUGAAAGCAAGAGAAGCCUCCCUGGAAGACUUGUUGACAGCUGCGAAGGAAUCACUGGACCGCAGAAAGGCCCAGAUUAAGCAUAUGACAAAGGCGCUUCAGGACGCGGCGGGGAGGGACGAUCUACGAAGGGGAGGGGAGGAGGAAGACUCCCGCACCUCAGAGUUGGAGACCCUCUUCAGGAGGGCACAGGCGGUCAAGUCUGAGAGGUCAGACAGUCAAGUGCCUUUCAGCGAGUAUGGAUUCAGUCAAACCAAGUCCCCCCUGGCUCAUCAUGUGCUGCGUUACGAAGAGAACCUAUCACGCGAAUCUGUUGGAUCCUCGGACGACAACAGUUUCCGGAUGUAA